GAUAUCACAGCCCGGAGAGGUUUGAAUGCAGCCUCUGGCCCCCGCCGCCAUGCUGCGCUGAGCUGAGAGAGAGAGAGAGCGAGCGACAAACCAAACUUUGUGACGCUGCUGCUGCACCGACACUCAUCUCCUAACACACCGGGACAAAGAGGAAAACUUCCCCUCGACUGGCGUUGGGACGUUAGCCCUUGCCCUCACCCUCAACCAUUUCUAACUGUGUGAAGAAAAGUGAAAAGAAGUUUUAAUGAACCAGUAUUCGCUAGCCGACGCCAUGACAGACAACUUGAGGAUUUUAUAAUUCUCUCCGGAGGAAGAGCGUCGCAUCUUGUAAGGAUCCACAGAGGAAACUUCACAGUUCCGAAGUUAUCAGAGUCUAAUAUGGGAUUCGGCGUGCUGGGAGUGUUUCUGGGGCUGCUCCUCGAGGUCUCCACCCAUGGACCCCACGCUGUGCCUCGAACGUCCUGGAGACACCAAGAUUUAGAUCUGAUGGAGUUUUCGGAGCCUGGGAUCUUCAACUACUCCACAUUGUUGCUGAGUGAGAAGAGGGAUGUGCUGUAUGUGGGAGCCAGGGAGGCGGUCUUUGAGCUCAGCAAGAAGAAUGUGACCGUCAAAAACAACAAGGUUCAGUGGACAGUUGCUGAACUCCCCAUGAUGAUGUGCACGCUCAAAGGAAAAUCAAAAGAGAGGGAUUGUCUGAACUACAUUCGAGUGCUCCAAGUCGUAGACGAAGAGCGUCUGUAUGUCUGCGGAACACACGCCUUUCAACCUCAAUGUGAUUACUUGAAUCUCGCUGACUUUUCGCUGAAGGGUCAACCCGAAGAUGGCAGAGGAAAGUGCUCCUUUGACCCUUCACAAAGCUUUACUACUGUCAUGGUUGAUGGAGAGCUGUACUCAGGGACAGCUUAUAACUUCUUAGGCAGUGAACCGAUUAUUUCCAGAUACUCCCCAUCCCAGUCUCUGCUGAGGACAGAGUACUCCACAUCGUGGCUCAAUGAGCCCAGUUUUGUUUUUGCCGACGUGAUCAGGGAAGGGAAAAACAGAGCAGAUGGUGAGGACGACAAAAUCUACUACUUCUUCACCGAGGUGUCCGUGGAGUAUGAAUUCUUUGGCAAGCUUCUCAUUCCCAGGGUGGCGCGCGUCUGUAAGGGUGACCUCGGAGGUCAACGGACACUGCAGAAAAAAUGGACGUCUUUCCUGAAAGCGAAGCUGGUGUGCUCCAUGCCUGAACUCAACUUUGUUUUCAACGUAGUGCAUGAUGUCUUCAUCCUUAAGGGGGCAGACUGGAGAGACACGGUUAUCUAUGGCGUCUUCACCUCCCAGUGGGGUAAUGUGGGAUUGUCAGCAGUGUGCGCCUACAACAUGACGGCUGUGGAAGAGGUUUUCUCCAAGGGCAAGUACAUGCAGAAGGCCACAGUGGAGCAGUCCCACACCAAGUGGGUCCGGUACAACGGCAUCACUCCGUCUCCACGUCCUGGAGCAUGUAUCAACAACCUCAUGCGGCAGCAGAACAUUAGCAGUUCUCUCCACCUGCCAGACAAGACCCUGCAGUUUGUUAAGGACCACCCCCUGCUGGAGGAUCCUGUCCUGCCCAUCGGCAACGGGCCUCGCCUCAUCACCAAAGACGUCAACUACACACAGAUUGUGGUGGAGAGGGUCCGUGCGCUCGACAAUAACAUCUAUGAUGUCAUUUUCACUGGAACAGAUAAGGGAGUCCUGCACAAGUCAGUGGUGUUUGGCGGAGAGGUCCAUAUGGUGGAGGAGAUCCAGCUCCUGAAGAACUCUGAGUCCAUCAAGAACCUGCUGCUGUCUUCUGAGACACGAUCCCUGUACGCUGGUUCAGACUCGAGCGUAGUCCAGUCACCCACAGCCUCAUGCGGCAGAUAUCUGUCCUGCGACGACUGCGUACUUGCACGAGACCCUUACUGCGCCUGGGACCCUCACACUGCUGCCUGCGUCAGCAUCUUUGAUGCCCCCAGCGAACGACUCAGGGAGCUGAUUCAGAGCCUGAAUGGUGACGCAGACAAGUGUCCUUCAGUGUCAGGUGUGUCUGUGAAGGACUACCAUCAUGUUAAAGUGAAACGGGGGAGCUCCGCUGAGCUACCAUGCAUGGUACACUCCAACCACGCCCAGGUGAUGUGGAAAUCCAACGGCUCGGCUCUCACCGAGGCCUCUCGCUUCCACCUCAUUGGAGAAAACGGUCUCCUCAUUUACAGCGUGGCUCCAGAGGAUCAAGGUCACUACGAGUGCUGGUCAGUGGAGUGGGCCCCCGCUGUCGGGAAGAACUUCAGCCGCCUCCUGGCUGGAUACGUCCUGACUCUGGAUCGCCCACCUCGACCCCCGCACCAGGCAGGCCACGUGACCACCACCCUCGUCAGCCAGGAGCCAUCUAGCUCACAUGCCGCUGAAGGUAAUGGUAAGACAGACAGAGCCCCACUAACUUCGGCCCUUGCCCCUCCCAGCUUCACAGCCACAGUCCUCUUCACCACUCCACCCCAAACUGACGCAUCACUAACCCCGCCCCCCAGCAGCACAAUCAAGUUCCAGCCUAAGCAGCAUCCCUCCAGCUCCCUCCCAGAGAACCGGGACCCAUCAGCUGAGUAUUUGCAGCACAACAACAGUACUGCCCUCCUCUUCCUCUUCCUGCUGUUUUUCCUCCUCUUCCUGGCUGCACUGGCGUACAACUGCUACAUGCAGUAUCUUCCUGCUCCCUGCCUGCGGAUGCGAGCCGCUCUGCUGGGCAGUCACAAGAGCGCCCAUCAGCCUGAGUAUCGGGCCUGUGAAGCGGGUCUGAUGGAAGCAUCCGCGACAGACAAAAUUAACAUGACAGAGCAACCGACUCAGAACGGCAGCCAAACCACUCAAAAUCUGCGGGCGCUCCGUGACACAGGGUACGAGACCGAGCCGGAGUGUGGCAACGGUAGGAUCCCCUCUCACAGUUACGGAAACGACAGCCCAUCCCAGGAGAAACCCUUCGAUGUGGACUGUGAUUCUCAGCCCAUCCAGUUUGCAGAUGCAGAUGAAGCUUACUGAUACUGCUUUUGUUUCUCUUUGCAUAGAGACUAUUUAUAGGGGGAGGGGGGGGGGUGUCACCUUCUUGCUGCAUCUUUCCACAACGCAAGUCUAAGUGGUGUCCUCUACAUGGAAGUAUGUUCAGCGCGCAGCAUUUCAUGAAGUUUAAUCAUUACAAGACUUAAGUCAGGCAUCCCACUUUCCUGUAGGGAUUGAACUCCUGCUGUAUGAAUUUAGGGCAUACAGGAGUUACUCAUGGAAGCUGCACCCUCUCAGCUUAGUCCAGCAAAAAAAGCUAUUUCUUAAAUUCCAAAUUGGAAACACUGUUUACCAAAUUGGUAAGUUACUGUGAUGUUUUCCAAAUUGGAGUUGUUGUUUUUUUGUUUUUUUUGUACAGCCUGGGUGGGAAAUAAUCUCUUGAAGCUUUUGCAUCUUUUUUUUUUUUUUUUAAGCAACGUGUAGGCUAUCUGACUUUGGGUAAAUGCUUCAACAUUAUAGUCAUUUCUCAGGGAAGAUUUGCUCAGUACGUUAUAGCCUAGAUUUUGUUGUACAGCGUUGGCCAUCUGCGGCACCUGGUAUGUGGGCCUUAAUCUCACCCAGUGAGGUGGCAACGUAGAGUUUAAAGAACAGAAAAAGAGACGACUUGCAUGAUAGAAAAAUGCUGGAAUAAAUCAAACCACUGUCUUCUGAAGAGUUGUCCUGAGAGAGAAUGUUUAGUCUCUAUUUUAUUCCCCUCCACCCCCCCAGUGAAGUCGACAUUCCUACAUGGAUACAAGGUCAACUCUAAUGAUCCUGUGUAUUAACCUCUACUAGUCAUCUGUCCUUAUGUGGUCUGUUAAUAACAUAAAUAUGUACAGUAUGACAUGAUGCUUGAUAAUAUCAAUCAUCAGUUCUUUUUUUUUUAAAAACUGGAAACCUGGAAACAAUCUGAAGUUAUUUUUGUAUUUUUAAUGAAGCCUUUGGUUUUAGAACCUUUUCAGAGAAUUAUUAUUUAAAAGGAGUCACAUCUGUGGUAAUAUCAUUUUGUCCAUUUGUUUUUAAUUUAUUGCAGCAGAUUUAGUUUUUAGAGAUCCUAGCCCUCAUUCGUUAGUCUCCCCUUUGUCUUUUUUGCAUGUCAUCCCCUGUGUAGAUUUCCUGUUUUCCUCAAUACUAUCUCUUUUUCCAUCACU